AUGGCGGAGACUGUACUCUUGCCGUGUCUCGAUGAGUCCGACAAGACGGUCCGGGAAGCCGCCUGCACCCUAGGGGACCUUAUACUCACUAGAGACGAUAGUUUGCAGGGGGUGAUCCUUACUAAACUGCACACGAUGACUGCGGCCCGUCGAAAGGCCAUCGAGGAGCGAAUGAAGUGUCUCAAGGUUGUCAGUACUCCUAUGUCGGCCUCCACUGCCAAGCCCAGCGUACCAACCAUGAGAACGGGCUCCACACCGGCCAGUGGGAAGGGUUCGAGGGUCCGUGAGAUCUCAGCGGAGUCAACUGCUAGCCGCAGAGUUAGAGUGCCGGCUAUCAGGGCACCAGGAGGAACUGCCAAUAGGAUCAACACUAGAGGGGCGAUGCAACGAAGACCAGUGGAGCCUCCACUGGCCCUGCCUUGUGGGUCCGCACCCACUGCUGUCACACCGACGGGGGCGGCUACUAGUGGCAAGGGCACAGGGCGAGGGAUGAUGGCACCAAGACCAGCAAUACCAAGGGCCACGUCUCGUCCUCGAGGGAGGUCCGGCGUCACGACCGCUACUACUAGUCAGAGGACUCCUGGGUCCUCUCUACUGAGGCAGGCUACACUCACUUCCUCUAGCAGCACUCUAGAGACAGGGGCUGCCUUGGGUGUUGAGCUUAUCCCUGCUGCCGGGUCCAGGCUCAGAAGGCAACACAACGAGAGGCACUCUAUGUGGCCCGUCGAGGAUAUCCCUGAGGCGUUGGUGUCGGCAUUGCAUCAUCAGUGGAAUCAGAGUGUGAAUACUCAGGAUGCUUGCAGUGCACUACUCCUACGUGGGUUUCAUUCCUUCCGUCUUCUCCUGGUUAGCAGUUCCUCCACAGAGAAAAUGUUCGCGCCCCGAGGAGCCUUCGCGGAAUUCGUCAUCGCCAUUGACUUCUGGGCCGACUUCUACCGUACUGUUGACGAUAGAGAGAAGCCCCUCCUAGAUGAGGUCUUUGACCUCGUGGCGAAGUGGUGUACUUGGCUGCUCAGCACAU